CCUGACGUUGCGCGUUUAACGGGCUCAAGUGUUCCUCCCUGGGAAGAGAAGUGAAGUGCCCCGCCCCACCGACAGGCAGGCAAACAGGCAGGCAGCACACCCACCGCACCGAGCGAGCCCAGCCGUCGGUAACGGAGAAGAUGGCAGAGCGGCAACAACAGAAACACGAAGGCAGGGUAAAGAUCGGCCAUUACAUCCUCGGCGACACGCUCGGAGUGGGGACGUUCGGGAAAGUGAAGAUCGGUGAGCACCAGCUGACAGGCCAUAAAGUCGCUGUGAAGAUCCUGAACAGACAGAAGAUCCGCAGUCUCGAUGUUGUGGGGAAGAUCAAACGAGAGAUCCAAAAUCUCAAACUGUUCAGACACCCACAUAUCAUCAAGCUGUACCAGGUAAUAAGUACUCCUACAGAUUUCUUCAUGGUCAUGGAGUAUGUGUCUGGAGGAGAGCUGUUUGACUACAUCUGCAAAAAUGGACGGGUGGAGGACACAGAAGCUCGUCGUCUUUUCCAGCAAAUUAUCUCAGCCGUGGACUACUGCCACAGACACAUGGUAGUCCACAGAGACCUCAAACCUGAGAAUGUCCUGCUGGACGCCAGCAAGAAUGCCAAGAUUGCUGACUUUGGACUGUCAAACAUGAUGUCAGAUGGAGAAUUCCUACGAACAAGCUGUGGCUCACCCAACUAUGCAGCUCCAGAGGUCAUCUCAGGAAGGCUCUAUGCAGGCCCAGAGGUUGACAUCUGGAGCUGUGGUGUGAUCCUGUAUGCCCUGCUGUGUGGCACUCUGCCCUUUGAUGAUGAACACGUCCCUACACUGUUUAAGAAGAUCAGAGGAGGCGUCUUCUACAUCCCCGAGUACCUGACCCGCUCUGUGGCCUCGCUGCUAAUGCUCAUGCUGCAGGUGGAUCCUCUGAAGAGAGCCACCAUCAAAGACAUCAGGGAACAUGAGUGGUUUAAGCAGGAUCUACCAGGCUACCUGUUCCCGGAGGACCCGUCGUAUGAUGCCACAGUCCUGGAUGAAGAAGCCGUACGGGAAGUGUGUGAGAAGUUUGAAUGCACUGACUCUGAGGUUAUGUCUAGCCUCUACAGUGGAGAUCCACAGGAUCAGUUAGCAGUAGCCUAUCACCUCAUCAUUGAUAACCGGCGCAUCAUGACCCAGGCCAGUGAGUUCUACUUGGCAUCCAGUCCUCCGCAGGGCUCUUUCAUAGAGGAGGGCAUGCCGCUGCCCCCCGGGGUCAAACCCCACCCAGAGAGGAUGCCUCCACUCCUGGCUGACAGCCCCAAGUCUCGUUGUCCUCUGGAUGCUCUCAACACCACCCGACCUAAACCACUGGCCGUGAAGAAAGCCAAGUGGCACCUGGGUAUCAGGAGUCAGAGCAGACCCUAUGAUAUUAUGGCUGAGGUGUACAGAGCGAUGAAACAGCUCAGUUUUGACUGGAAGGUGGUAAACCCGUACCAUCUGAGAGUGCGGAGGAAGAAUCCAGUGACAGGCAACUUGGUGAAAAUGAGCCUGCAGCUUUACCAGGUGGACAACAGAUCCUACCUCCUCGACUUCAAGAGCAUCGAUGAUGACAUCAUCGAAGCAGUGGGCUUUAAAUCGGGUUCGUCCACCCCGCAGAGGUCAGGCUCCACAGCUGGUCUCCACAGACCCAGACUGAGCAUCGACUCGGCAAGCCCAGCGAUUGAUCUGCCCCAGCUCAGCUCCUCUCUCCCAGGAUCCCUGUCGGGUAGCUCCCCUCUGCUCGCCCCACGUCAGGGAUCACACACCAUGGACUUCUUUGAAAUGUGUGCCAGUCUGAUCACCACGCUGGCGCGCUGAGACCUGCUGACUCCUAACCUCUCUGUAAUCUGGAUGUCAGUGGGGUUUUUAAGCUAAUUGCAGAUCUGGGAUGUAGGGAGUGUAGAUGUUUGGUGCGACUUCCUCUUUCUGUCUCCUCUCUAUCUGUUCCCGUGGUAUUGGACUGAAAGAGUGAGAGGAAAUAUAAAAGGCAAUGGGUAUGUGGUGUUCCCCUCAGAUGAAGGAGAGAGAAAGAGGGAAAGAAAAGGCUGAUUAAUCGCUUCUUUUUUUUCUUGUUUUGACACACUAAUUGGGUCAAAGUCUUGGUGUUUAAACAUCAGGCUGCAGCUUGUGAAAACUGAUCCCAGGACUGGAAUCUGUGAACUGGCAGAGGCCGGCGAAGCGAGAGGCCAGAGGUCACAAUUUACAGUCGUGUUGGAGUCAGCAAAGGUCAAGUUCACUGUCACUCGUCCCACAAAUACUUUCAAUCUGUUAUCAACUGCUGAAACGUCAUCACCCACCACACCACUUAAUGGCGGGAAAUCCUGCUGAGUUCACCGUAGACAUUGAUCGGAGGUCAGUUUUGAAUCUUGUCCCAUAUUUUAAUUGGGGCGCUGGUUGUAAAAACCGACAUUAAAUCUGUGUCUGAGGGAACAUAACUACAUGUAAAAUUUCAAGUUUUAUAUGAUAUGGUUUGUAAAGAAGCUUUUGUUAUCCAUGUAUUAUAUUUAUAUUACAAUCGUAUUACGUAGCUGAAAACGUUGACAAAGAUAUACCAAAUACCAGACUUUAUACAGCAUAAAGAUUAUUAUUUAGAUAUCAGAUCCAUAAUUAUUUUUGAGAGAUUUUUUUAGGCACUGUAGUUUUAUUAUUUAAGCACUGCAUCAACACAGAGUUUUAACUUGAUUUUGAAUAGAUUGUAGAUGAUCAAUGAACCUCGAGAGACAGCGGGAUGGUAGAACGAUAACGCUGAGACUGAUAUGAUGCAUUUAGUGUUGGGAGACAGAGUCACACCAUCUCACAUGAGUUUUUACAACCACUAUACUGCCAUUUGUAUGUUGAAGCAUAUAUAUCACUAUUUUCUUCACAUGAAAGCAUUGUUUUAUACAUUCACUAACUGUACUGAAUAUGCAACACACACACACACACAAUCCUUUACACUAACAAAGCAACUGUUGCUCAAAGUGUCAGUGCUGCUUCCCCAUUCACGCACAGAAUGUAUUUAUAAAAAAACAGCAAGCAGGCCGAUGACAUCAGGACGACAGACACAGUCAGUAUGCAGUAACAUGAGUAAGGACAGGUGGCGUUUGCCAUUUGUUACAGUAAUGCCAGCAACUCUAAGAGAAAGGAUUAUUCUUUUUCACAAUCACAUUAGAAGUUGUUAAAAAAAUGGCAAGUCUCUCAGAAAUUGGAGCCUAAUUACUCAUUUUUAAAACUAAUUUUCUUUAGCAUUAAAACAAAAGCACAUUUAUUACACUUUUAUGUCCAAUGCUAAUAUUUGUUUAAGAAAUAACGUCAAUAAACGAUCGAUUUUGUAGAUUUACAUAAACCUAAUUAGCCCUCUGUUCAUUCUUUAUGUGAACAAACAAAUGACGAAGCAGGAGGAACUAAGAUGACAAAUUCAUGUGAGAUGGUGUGAGUCUGCUGCAGGAGAGUAUAAGCCACAGAAACCUUUCUCCAGUUGCCUUAAAGAAUGCAACACAGUUAUUCUGUGCAUCUGUAUAUGGAGAGUGUGUUCAGUGUGGGUAAUGGAGAUCAGUGUGCCACAUGGUUGUCAUGUUUCCCUACUGACUUAAUGCUUGUGUGUUAGAAGGGUCUCUGGUACAGCUGUAGUGUGUGGGAGGUCAGAAUCAGAAAAGUGGGUGAUGAGAAGUGUAUUGUAGCUGUUUGGACUGUUGUCAGUUUUAUUCAGUCUGCACUUUAAAACUCGGUUACUGAGGCCAGCAGUUUGCAGGUUUACCCUUUGUGUGGAUGCACAGAUUUUACUGUACCCGUUGUUUGUGCUCCGUAUUGAUGAACGCCACGCUUUCAUUACUUUCAGAAAUGUUCCGCAUCGUCCUGUCACCUCAUAUUAAUGUUGUGUUUCGCUCUGGCCACACAUGAAGUCUUUUUUUCACUGAAUGUAAAGUGAAAGCUGGUGCUGCUCAUAUGAAACCUCCUCUCUCUUUCUCUGAGUUUGGUGUCUUGGUUUUAAAGCACCGUUGUUGUACAGGACUGUUGCCUUUAUGCUGUUCGCAGUAAAACUGAGGUCAGAGGGAUAGUUGGGUUUUUCUGUCGUGUAAAUAAGCCAUUUAGAAAUAAAUACUGAUAUGUAUAAGUACACUAACGUACUGUAAAUAAGUGAAACAAUACAUUUUGAAAUAAUUCAAUAACUUAAUCUCAUUAUUGGGAAAUUUCCUUCGUCAUUGUUACUUUUACAGGCUGGUGGCUCGUGGUUGGCUGAAGGAUGAGGAGGAGGAGGGGUUUGGCAACAGCAUGGUUUUAAGUGUCAUUGGGGAAAAACAGUAAGAGCAACUGUGAUAUAACAAUGCUGAAAUAACAAAGGGGUUGAGCUGUAAUCAGAUUAUUUCACAGUUUAUUGGUUCAUGUACAAACUAUUUAUUUCAUAAUGUCUUAUUUAUUUAUUUAGUGUUGGCUGAGUUAAAGGCUCACAAGCAUCAGUCUUGACUUUGACUGUUGAACUAAAUCCAUGUUGUUACCUGAGUGCUUUGUUGGACCUACAGUUGAUGUCAUUUGAAUCAUUUUUGUCGGCGUUGUGUUUGAAAUGGAUUCAGUGAUUUUUGCCUUAUGAGAGCAUCUUGAAGACUUUUGGUUGGAACAGUGAAGGCCACUUUGAUACUCUGCUGAAACCCUUUAUUACAUGUCUAGUGUUUUUACGUCCUGUGUAGGGUUCUCUGUUCAGUCUGCCACGGCACAUACACUGCUGAUUAUUCUUUGAGGUCGGGGAGAAAUGGCGCUCCCUGCUGCAAGACACGUGCAACUGAUCUGAACACGAAGCCACGCUCUUUGUCAAUCAUCUGUAUCACACUAUACUAUAUUGCUGUGUCUUAAAAGACUUGUCCUCUUUAUAGUGAGCAACUUUGGGAUCAUAUCUGGCCCUUUAUGCAUUCAUUCCUGGUACUGCUGCUCGUGACAACACAAUGCAAAACACUUAUCAAUGAAGUGCACUAUCCUGCAGAAGUCAUGGGUCAGAGUUAAAAACUCCUCUGAUAUCACCAGUAUUUACUGUCAGGUGACGUACUCUACCAUUACAACUGUAUGCAACUACCAGUGGCAUGUUAGUCAUGUUAACUCUCAUCUGUGUUUAGGGCUGGAACACAUGCCAGAGGGCCUAAUUAAAUACAGACUUUACGUGUUGUACCAAAGUGAGUAUUUUCCACAGCAAAGCUGUGCUCUCUGUUUCACUGUAGUGGGGUUCUUAUGAUUAGUGUAACCUUAAAUACCCCAGUAUGUGUGUGUGAUAUCUGUGUGUGCACACUGGUUAUUGUGUGUACAAGGGUAUGUGUGUGUGAGUGUGUUGGAGCUGUCUCUCCCUGUCUGAUUGGGGUUUGGAUUUCUCUUGUAAUGCACUGCAUGAUAUUGCUGUUAUGAUUUGCACUUUAAUGAGUAUUUAUUGAAAACAAUAAACAAGCAUAUAAAACAAAAA